AUGGCUUCCAGGCCUCUAGCAAGUCUUCUGGGUGUGCUCGCUCAGCUAAGCGUUGCAUCAGUGCUCCGCGUCAGCCCUGGGAUGGUGGGCUUCCGAUCCGCCUUCUCCGCUGUGCGUACCAGCAGUCUCGUCGGAGGUUCCCAGAUGGCCGUGACAUUUGACCGUCUUUUGGUUAACGUGGGCAAUGACUUCAACCCGGACACUGGGCACUUCAGGUGUCACAUACCAGGCUCUUAUUAUUUUGCCUAUACGGUGGGUAAGUUCCCCAAGAAGAUGCUGUCUGUCAUGCUGGUGAAGAACAGGAACGAGGUUCAGGCUCUGGUCUACAACGACCACAGGAAUAAAGGCCGCAAGGUACAGAGCCAGAGCGUCAUGAUCAACCUUAAGGCUAUGGACACCGUUUGGCUGCUCCUUCACGGCAGCCCUAAAUAUGCCUUGUACAGCAACCCUGGUGUCUACGUAACCUUCAGCGGCUACCUCGUGUACCCCAGCUCUUCGUCCGACUACUUUAACAACCACCUGUCUGUGCCAGGACUUCACUAUCCUAGAUGCCCACCUUAUGGAGACCCUUGGCAAGCCUGGGCAGGAGGAGAGGAGCCAGUGUCAGCUUUCUCAGCGGCUAGAACCUCCUCUGUUCUUGGAGAGAAGAAAGGGCUUGAGAAGAAGGACGCGUUGACUUUUGACGUAGAGUACGUCAACGUUGGGGGACACUUCAACAAAUCCUCCGGCCGUUUUACCUGCCACUUCCCCGGGGUUUACUAUUUUGCCUUCACUAUGGGGAAGCACCCAAAUCGGGCCUUAUCGGUAAAGCUUAUGAUGGGCGCCGGCGAAGUGCAGACCAUGAUCUAUGAUGAGGAUCACUCACGAUGGCGAGAAACGCAAAGUCAGAGCCUCUUGCUGUCCCUAGAGAAAGGGGACACGGUGUGGCUCUACAGCCAGCAGCACGAACGCUUUGCCGUCUACAGCAACCAGGGGCGUUAUACCACCUUCACCGGCUUCCUAGUCUAUCCUUACCCUGCACAGAAGAACUUGGUCACAACUCGGUUCUGAGGACCGAGACAACGCCCAGACGCCCUCUUCUUCACUAAUGCUCCAAACGAUGAGGGAAGCCUUUGAAAACAGCUGUUUAUAUGCCCAGCGUUCCAGUUGUACUGACUUACGUACGACAAAUUAUUACGGUGAACUCCUUGUUUAACUUGCCCUUAGUUCCCGUUAUGCAUAAAGUACAGAAUAUGUACGCAACAAAA